GGAAGAAGAGGAGGAGGAGGAGCGGGAGGAGCGAGAGGAGGCUCGUUCGCUGAUGGUUGAACUGUAAAACGAGGAAACAUGAACACCUGCUCGCUCCUCGCAUCUGAUACGUGACACCACAGCCUGCAGGGAUCAGGGCUUGCUGUCUUCAGGCCAGCGGUAACAGGACAGCCACACUCCGAUCAGACCCAUCAUGGCUGCCAGGCAGCAAAAGCCUGCGACCACCUCAGACGGCACAGCAGAGACCAAGAGGACUGACCUGAGGGCCAAAGAGAAGAAGUGCUCUUGGGCCUCCUACAUGACCAAUUCUCCAACUGUGAUCGUGAUGAUCGGGCUGCCUGCCAGAGGUAAAACAUACAUGUCCAAGAAGCUGACCCGCUACCUCAACUGGAUCGGAGUGCCAACCAAGGUGUUUAAUCUUGGAGUCUACAGGAGAAAAGCAGUGAAAUCAUAUAAGUCCUAUGACUUCUUCAGGCAUGACAACAAAGAAGCGAUGCAAAUCAGAAAACAGUGCGCCAUCGUGGCACUGCAGGACGUCAAGGCCUAUCUGAAUGAAGAGGGAGGCCAGAUCGCUGUGUUUGAUGCCACUAACACUACCAGAGAGAGGAGGGAACUCAUCCUUAACUUUGCAAAGGACAAUGCAUAUAAGGUGUUUUUUGUUGAGUCCGUUUGUGACGACCCAGAUGUCAUUGCAGAAAACAUCAUGGAAGUGAAGGUGUCCAGCCCGGAUUACCCUGAGAGGGACAGAGAAAGCGUCAUGGAGGAUUUUCUGAAGAGAAUCGAAUGUUAUAAAGUCACCUACCAGCCUUUAGAUCCAGACGAACACGACAAGAGCCUGUCCUUCAUCCAGGUCAUCAACGUGGGCCGCCGGUUCCUGGUCAACAGGGUUCAGGACUACAUCCAGAGCAAGAUCGUCUACUACCUCAUGAACAUUACCGUGCACACCCACUCCAUCUACCUCUGUCGCCACGGAGAGAGCCAUCACAACCAGGAGGGACGCAUCGGCGGCGACGCGGAACUGUCCGACCGAGGAAAGCAGUUUGCAGCAGCACUGAAGGGCUUUGUGGAGGAGCACCACCUGUCAGACCUGAAGGUCUGGACCAGCCAGCUGAGACGCACCAUUCAGACAGCGGAGGAGCUCGGCGUUCCCUACGAGCAGUGGAAGAUCCUGAACGAGAUCGAUGCUGGAGUAUGUGAAGAGAUGACCUACAAAAUGAUUGAAGAAAAAUACCCGGAGGAGUUCGCCAUGAGAGACCAGGACAAGUAUCAUUACCGCUACCCAGGAGGAGAGUCGUACCAGGACCUGGUUCAGCGGCUGGAGCCGGUCAUCAUGGAGCUGGAGCGGCAGGGAAACGUGCUGGUCAUCUGUCACCAGGCUGUCAUGCGCUGCCUGCUGGCCUAUUUCUUGGACAAGGGCGCAGAUGAUCUCCCCUACUUGAAGUGUCCCCUGCACACGGUCCUGAAACUCACUCCUGUGGCUUAUGGUUGUAAAGUGGACAUGUUUGACCUGAAGGUGGAGGCCGUCAACACUCACAGGAACCGGCCAUUCAAUAACGUGCGAUCAGACGCCGUGCCGCCGGUUUUCCUCCGGAGGAACAGCUUCACGCCGCUGUCCAGUGAGGACCAGAUCAAACGGCCGCGGCUGUACAGCGCAGGAAACCCUCCGCAUCACUGCGUGUCCCAGGCCCCCACUUUACCCAGCAUGCAGUUCUCUGAGGCAUCUGAGGGAGCGGAACUGUUGGAAAGUGAGGACUCAGUGAACAGCUUCAGCGCUGCAGAAUCGGAGGACUGUGUUCGAAGUUAAAGGAAGCGCGCCGGGAGGAACCUGUCAAGUGGCACCCAGACACUCCACCGUAGUUACUCCAUGCCUUCAUGUUGCCGUUUUAUCUGAACCUUUCCUCCUCAUCGCUCCUGGAAACCGUCGCCUUCAGCCAUUCAAUGUUUUGCGUUAUCUUUAUGCCUUCACAGAGUGUGUGUGUGUUUCAGUUCGUGUGCACAAACAAUCUCUGCCUUCAGAUCCGCGUCACACACUCAAAUCAAAACGUUUGUAGUAGGAGACUCUGGAUUUCGAUCCACUACUGUAUGUAUUCUGAGUAGAUAGUGUUCACUGUGAAUGACAUACCUCAGAUUUUUAGAGCAAGAGAGAGAGAUAGAGAGUGCCUCUGUAGAAGUAAGCCUUAAUUUGUCCUCACAUUGUUUCUUUUCAACACUCCGGUCACACAUUCCAAGGUCAUCUGACGACACGUAGUCAUUAAAGUGUUUAAUACAAUCAAAUGAAGCUGCAAAAUAGUUUGCAGCGGAUUGACGUAAGCUAUAAAAAAAAAAAAAAAAAAAAAAACGGUUUUGUUGUCUAGUCCAAAAACC